AUGCCUUCUCUCGUUGGAAAAGAAGUUGCCCCCAUUGGCUAUGGCACAAUGAGAAUGACCUGGAACCCCAAACCACCAUCUCAAGAAGUAUGCUUUGAGACACUGAACACUGCCCUGGAACUGGGCGCCAAUUUCUGGAAUGCUGGUGAACUCUACGGCACUCCAGGGUAUAACUCUUUGCACCUGCUCAACGAGUACUUCACCAAACAUCCCGAGAAUGCAGAGAAGAUCGUGCUCAGCGUGAAGGGAGGCUUGAAGAAGGGAGAGCUUACUCCCGAUGGCUCGGAAACGAACAUCCGUCGUAGCGUGGAUGAGUGUCUGCGUCUGCUUGAUGGCAAGAAGAAGAUUGACAUCUUCGAAUGUGCGCGACAGGACCCUAACUACUCGGUGGAGAGUACCAUCAAAGUUCUCGCAGAGUGUGUCAAGGAGGGCAAGAUUGGAGCAAUUGGAUUGAGCGAGGUCGAUGCUGAGACAAUCCGCCGAGCACACAAGGUGCACCCGAUUGCUGCUGUUGAGGUUGAAAUGUCACUAUGGUCCACCGACAUCCUUGAGAAUGACGUUGCCAAAACCUGCGCGGAGCUCCAGAUCCCCGUCAUCGCCUACUCGCCUUUGGGCCGAGGUGCCCUGGCCGGAACAGUGACCUCGCUGGCUGAUAUCCCCGAGGGUGAUUUCCGAUCCCAUAUGUCCAGGUUCCAGGAAGAAAACUUCAAAUACAACCUCAAGCUCAUCAACGAGGUCAAGGAUUUGGCUACUCGCAAGGGCGUUGCUCCUGCUCAGAUUGCACUGGCGUGGAUUAUUAGCCUGAGUAACAAGCCCGGCAUGCCUACCAUUAUUCCCAUUCCCGGUGGUACUACGAAGGACAAGGUGGUCCAGAACAUGGGGGCUGUUGAACCGCUGACGGAUUCUGAAUUCGCUGAGGUUGAAGCUAUCUUGAAGGAGCAUCCCGUUGUUGGAGCCCGCUACUAG